AUGCAGGACUGUGAGCCCUUCCGCUUCCGUGGCGAUGAAAAUGGAUGGCAACUUGCUGGCUCUUUGGAGAAAAAGGCUGGAAAUGCUGGAGGCGUUCGUGAGGAGUCUGCUCUGAACAUGUUCCGGCAGAUGGAUCUCAAGGGCCAGACCCAGUCCGACACCAAGCUCAAGUCAACCCACCAAAACACUGUACACACCAUCCGGGUCCACGAUGGAGCCAAUGGCGCUGUCAGCUCCUUCAGCACGAGCGGUGUCGACGGUCGUGUUGUUAUUUGGUCCGCCUAA